UUGGUUAAUCUGCAGUUUGUGUUAGAGCUAUCAGCUUUGCCCCUCAUGUGCUAACAUUUGAUGGGAGAGGUUCAGCUUCUUAGGACAUUGAAAGAAAUAGCAACUAGGUCACAGAGCAAUUGAUUCAAGCUCCAGGAAAAGAGAUUCUGUCUAAACAUUAGGAAGAACUUCUUGAUGCUUUUUCCUGGACUUCUGACCCAAACAAGAGCUCAGUUGAAGAUGGAUACAUUGGAGGCAGGGGUUCUGCUUCUUCUCUGUCUGUUCUUCUUUGUGUUGUUCUCCUCCUUCAAAAUGUACAAGAAGAAAGGCCAGCUGCCUCCGGGACCCACUCCUUGGUUAUUUCUGGGCAAUCUCCUGCAGAAAGAUGUUCUCCCUCUGAGCAAAUUCUACCCGAAACUUGUUCAGAAAUAUGGUCCUAUCUUCACUAUUUGGAUGGGCCCAAAACCUGCAGUGGUGCUCUGUGGAUAUGAGGUAGUAAAGGAUGCUUUGGUGGAUCAUGCUGAAGAGUUUGGUGGUCGUCCUCACAUCCCCCUCUCAAACCGGGUGAUGAAGGGUCAAGGGUUUGCCAUCCAAAAGGAUGCAAAAUGGAGGGACUUGCGCCGGUUCACACUUUCCACCCUGAGGGACUUUGGAAUGGGGAAGAAAACAAUGUCUGAGAGGGUGCAGGAGGAAGCACUUUGCUUGGUGAAACAUAUAACAGCAGCCAUACAAGGGAAUACUUUUGACCCACAAAAAUGCAUCAUAAAUGCUGUUUCUAAUGUGCUGUGCUCUGUUGUCAUUGGGAGUCGGUUUGACUACCAAAAUGAGACUGUCGCAGGGCACCUAUGCAUUGCGGAGCAACUAGCGUCCCUAUUUAUGAGUUACACAGGCAAGUUGUACAGCUCUUUCCCACAAAUGAUGGAUUACCUGCCUGGACUGCACCAGAAGGUAUUUGCUGAUUGUGAAAAACUGCAGGCCUACAUCCGUGAGGAGGUAAAAUCUCACAGCCAGACACUGGACCCUGAGAAUCCCCGUGACUAUAUUGACUGCUUUCUUAUCAAACUGGAGAAGGAAAAAAACUCUUCUGAGGUAAUUUACAACCAAGAAGAUAUAGUCAUGAGUGUGUUUGGGCUCUUUGUUGCUGGAUCGACAACCACAAGCAAUGCAUUGAAUUUUGCACUUUUUGUGAUGGCUAGAUUGCCACACGUUCAAGCAAAAGUCCAAGAAGAGAUGAACGGGGUUAUAGGUAUCAGUCGUCCCCCAAGGAUGGAAGACCGGAUGAUGAUGCCCUUUACUAAUGCUGUUGUCCAUGAGGUUCAACGAUACACAAGUCUGAAUCUUGAGAACUUUUCACGCUCUACAACUUGUUGUACAGAAUUCAGGGGCUUCGCUAUCCCCCAGGACACUGUUAUCAUUCCACACUUGACAUCUGUGCAUUUUGAUCCUCUGAUGUGGGAAACUCCACAGGAGUUCAACCCAGCCCAUUUCUUGGAUGAGAAGGGUCAGUUUAAGAAGAAAGAUGCCUUCAUGCCAUUUUCAGCAGGGAAGCGGGCAUGUCCUGGGGAAGCACUGGCCCGGAUGGAGCUAUUCCUGUUCUUCACCACUCUGCUCCAGAACUUCCACUUCCAGCUGGUUGGAGAAGCCACAGAUAUGGAUGUCUUUUCUUUCUAUAACAGUUAUAAAAACCAGAACCUGAAGCUCCCAAUACAAGCUACUAAACGUUUACUCUGAUGUUAUGACUCAAAAUAAGCAGAAAGGAUGAAACCAAAAAUACAGUCGCCCCUCCUAACGUGCGGAUCUUGGAUCCGCAACCUUGAAAAUACACGGAGUAUUUUCCACUAUUUUUAAUGGUGCAUGCACCCCCCACACGCACAUGGAAAGUAUGAAACCAAAAAUAUUUGCAGCUGAUAAAGCAGAGAUCCUGAAGCUUUCUGUCCUUCAUUCCCCUAACAUCUUGCAGUUUCACCUAGGCAUGUCACCCCCAGGCUUAGAUGUUAAAUGUUGCUUAAUAUCAGCAAGCAUAAAGUCCUGUUCUUUGUUUUUCUCCAAAACUGUUUAUCUGUGUCCUUACACAUUUUAAACCAUACCACACAGCCAAGUACUCUGGAGAUAAUUUUUGACAGCUCUUGCUGGAUUUUUUCACAAGCAUUAACUCCUUUUGAGUAUGUUUCAUGGAACAGCUAUCACAUGGAGUUGCAUCUGUAUUCCUCAGAAGUAAAAGAGUAUACAGAUGGAAAGUCUUCUGAUUGAGUGGUGUAUAGAAAAGCUUUCCAUAUGGCUGCAGGGAGUCAUAACAGUGUGUGUGUGUGUGUGUGUGUGUGUGUGUGUGUGUGUGUGUGUGUGUUUGAAAUGCCCAAUGCCACUUGUUAGCCAAAGCUCUUGAGAGAAGGUAUCCAAAAAUACAAGUGAUCACAACAGACUUCCUAAACAAAUGGUAGGAAUCUGCAAAAGGGAUUUCAGCUCAAGGGGCAACAGUUUAGCCUUUCAGCAGGAGAGGAGCAAAUCUUAAUCAGUGAUUUCAGCAAGAGUCCUCUGGAAGGAGGAGGCAUGUUGGGAUACGUCCACAUUUCCUGAUAUCAUGAUCUCAGUUGAAAACACUGGGUCAAGUUAUUCCACCAGCACUUUGGUUUUGUUCCUCUAACUCUCUCUCUCUUCUGUCAAGUCAGAAUCCAGAAGUGAGCUACAAGCCAACUUUGUUUUGUUGAAGUAUAAAACCAGGGUCAGAACAAAGUGUUCUCACAGAAAACAUCCAGUCUCUGACAUCUGGCCCACUACAAAUAACCCUCCUAAGCAUCCCUUUAACACUGUUCACUGCUUCUGGCAUUUACUAAGCCAUGAACUAAAAAUAUUUUAUAUUUUUUUCUUUAAUUUGUAUUAAGCAUCUGUCUUAAGCUAGUUAACUAAGCCCUUUGACUUUAAUUGUUGUUUAAAAAUACUCCAGUCUUUCCUAACAAGGUUGAUUUAUAGCAUACUUUUCUUGAGCAAUGGAUCUGUUUGUUCCAUUGACGAUCUAGCACUGUAUAGGUGUGGGCUGCUAUUUUUUAUUAUAGAUAUUUUUAAUUUUAAAAAAAUGUUCUACAUGAUUUGUUUCUUAGGGCUGGGAGGGAAUGAACAGACUGACAUUUUGACAGUCUAGAAUGAGAAACCAAAAGUUUCAGCCUUUACAAUUCACUGCUAUUCCAGCUAGAAUAAUUCUCCUCAGGCAGAGAGGCUUGGGCAUUGUCUGCACUGCCCAGGGUAUUACAGAAGUAGCACAGAAUAUCCUGGCCCUUCAGCUGCUCCAACUUGACCCUGUUAUCCUGCACUAUGGUGGAUGUCUGCAUGGGUGUCCUGCCAAGUCUCCUAGUGUGUUGCUCACUUCUGAUGCACUCAUUUCUCUAAGGCAUUGAUGAAUACACCGAGUGGCUUGGCACAACGCCCAUGCAAACAAACAAAACAGGAGGCUUACACUGUAACUGGUCAAAAAUAGGAGAAAAAACAAUUGGUAGGUAUACUAUAAAUCACUAAGUACCACUGUAAAUAAAUCCAAAAAUGCUAUAACAAUUCUAAAUCAAUAUAUAUGUUACCAUUAGUCUGCAAUCAUGGAUUUUUUUUACUUGUAAGCUUAAUAUGGCCUAAAAUAUGGAAACAUGGAAUAGCUUACUGGAAUCAUAUCUUCUUGAACUAUAAUCUGGAAUAGAAAUGCUAUAUCAUUACUGAAGAAGACAUUUGAAUCGAAACGGCCACAAAAACUCCAGAGGUAGCCAUCUUGCUACCAAAGAUAGUAAUGCUACUUAUAUCAAUGCUACCAUUGUUUCAAUUACUGGUUAUAUACUACUACCCUGAAUAUCUACAGUUUUGAAAUACCAACCCAGCAAAAUCUUCGCAAGGUGAUUUAUUGUGGUUUACUGGGACACUGCCAUUAUUGCCAGGCUGUUUAUUGAACUUGUAUCAUUGGGACAUUCAUCCUAUAUUAUCAGUCAUGGAAUAUACAGAAGAAUUCGUCUUUACAGAAUCUCAUAUCUUUGCAAGGUGUUUUUUGGUUGGACUUUUCAUUUAUAAUUAGUGUUCUCAUAUAAUAACUGUAUUAUCAACUUAUGUUAAUUUAGGAUUGGUUAAUUAAUUAAUAAUUAAUUGAUUUAAAAUUGUUAAAACGCCCAUGCAGACAGCUGUCAUGGUGUAGCAACAGAGUGUUCCAGAUCCUCUGGGAAGAUCCAGAGCAACAGGUAUAUUUAAAAAAAAACAUUUUAAGACUGUUUUACCCCAAUUCUGCUGUAGAAUGUGCCAGACGUCAUCUGGACUGUUUGCACCAGAAACAGGGUGUGGCAUGUGUGUCAUCUAAACAGGAUUAUGCCAGAACUGGGGGUGGGGGUGAAGAUAUGGGACUUUUUGUUCAUGCAGACAGGGCAUUGGUGCCUCUUCAUUUUGCAGUGGAGAAUACUGAUGGACAUGGAUAAGAAUGUGUUACAGUGUCUGCUAUAGUGUUAGAUAAAGUUUGCACAGUGCAACCAGGUCAGAAAAGUGUUAUUAAAACUCACAGAGCACAAAGAAUCCACAGAGAUCUAUAAAAAAUGGAGAGCAUUGAGGGAGGGGGCAGACAGACCUUCUAAAAAUUUACAGAGCAUAAGUAGAACCUUAAAAAAAAGACACAGCCAGUCCUUACAGAACACUUAGAGAGCACAAAGAGGCAAAACAAGACAUGUUCUAAAAUGUGUGAUCGGAUUUUAGCAUAUUUGCUAAUGGGUUCCUUGAGGAACUCUACAUUGAAGUCUCAUGGAGAAGACCUUUGUUCCCCACCACUAUGUAUUACAUCUCUGUGUCCUUGUGCUUUCAACUAUUUACAUAGUUGAGCAGGGCUGGCUUUAGUCAGAAUGAGACCUUUAUUUAUUUAUUGACCAUGGGGAACCUUUGGAAAGGAAAAAAAAAGUUCGUUCUCCUGACUUCCCAUGGAGUCAAACCGGUGCUUUCAUGUGGGAGAGGUCUGUUUUUGAUCUGUGGAGCAGCUGUCCGGCAUUUUAAAUGCUCCCGGUCUUAGUAAAGGAAGAGCCAGGGAUAGGACCUGGCCUGGUCAAGCAGACUGCAAAGUGAGAAGCCUGAUAGGUCAAUUGAACUGAGGGCAUCCGGCUUGUAAGGGGCCCUGGUGGCCAUUGUAGCUUUGGUCAAUCUCCUAAUUUGGGUUGGGACUGCUAGGAAAAAUAUGCAGAUUAUCCCUAAUUUGGGCCAAAAAAACCCUUAACUCCCCAAUUAACAACUUUAGAGCCCCAGGACUCACAUAAUCACAAUCUGCAUGGAGUGAGGAGUCCACCCAUGCAUACAUUUUAGAAACAUUCCUUUGGAGGAAAAAAAUGAAAAUAAACUGGAGCAGCCCAAGAGCA